CUAUUUUGUAAUGGGCGAUUACCGUACGUCCAUGUCGCGAGUGACGAUCCCGUGGCGUGCAAGACCCACAACAAAAGGACGGCGGAGAAGACCGAGACGAGUGACUUUCUGGGCUUAGAAGUGGAUAAUAGGAGCGUGAUGAUGAUUCUCCGGGUGCAAUCACGUUGGUCGAAAGGGAUAGCUAGUUAUGGGUGGCAGACCGCCCUACCCACGGAGCGCUCUAGAAAAUCACACAAAAUAGCAGAAAUGACAAAAGUGAGGGAGAUGGUAGAAGAGAAGGCUUUGAUACUGUGUACUGAAUAUUGUAGCUAUUUUUGGGCUAUUUGGACGGUCAAGUGGGCCGGACGGAUGGGCGUGACAGAUGGAUCAAUCAAUGUACCUCGCCCUUCAUCACCACGAACGGUUAGAGUCGUCGCGGUGAUUGAUUGGACCCCCAAAACUUGUCUUCUCUCUACGACUAUCCCUUCUCCUCUCCUCCCCUCUCCUUCUCGCCAAAGUCCACGGCCAAGGGCACUCGCAGAGUCCCACUCCUCUCUCUUUUUACUCCACAACACUCUCGUUUAUAUACUCCCUCCGCUCCUCCUAACUAUGGCGACGGAUUACGAUCCCUUUGAUGCUAUUCUACAUCACAUCUUCAAGCAAACCCAAGGCCAGGCAUGGUUCAAGCCAACGGAGGAGUCCAUGCAAGUCAGUACCUCUUCGCGCCUCGACUCCGAAGCUGGUGUGGCUUUGCGAAUAGAAAACAAUCCUCCUCGCUUCCGAGUGUUUCCAUACGAAAACAUGUCGCUCGUCCCCUUUGAAGCUGCCGUCCGAGGCCUCAACCCGCUCGUGGCCGUCAAGACGCGGUCGGCGGCUGUUCACGCUGCGUUGGGGUUGAUUGGGCCCACGGAUACGGGCUUUUAUAUUGAUACAGAGACACGGAUUCAAGUCGUCGAUUGUAUGGAGCAGUUGCCUGCUGCCGAAAAGGACCAGUGCGCUGCUUUUGUGCGUGAUGAACGUGUAUUGGUGUGUUGGGCCGACAGUCUCGACAGUAUCAUUCCAAACUGCAACGAACUCGAUGACAAGCUCAUGGCGCUCGUCUGGAAAGCCCGUCAAGCGACCGUGGCCUCACAGGCGGCGCUGCAUCUUUUGCCGGUCAACCCCAAGGCCUCCCCUUUUCCGAAAAACCAGAAGCUGAAACCACCAAUGCUACCAAUGAAAAGCGACGAAACGUUGUUUGCCCCCGUUUAUAAUGGAAUUGGAGCUGCUCUUGCGCUUGCGAUGACACUUGAUGUUGUGCGCAAGCUGCUCUACGAGUUUUGGCUCGAUGGUUUGACGCUUAGGUUUGCCCUUGUCGCCGUCAUUCCCUUUCUCUUUUGUGGUUCCUUGUGCAUUGGACCCGUUGCCCAAUUCCAUCAAAACUCGAAAUACUAUUCUGCCGUCAAGCCCGCUGCCAAUCCUGUCGUCGACAAAAAGCUUCCCCACAUUACCAUUCAAAUGCCCGUCUACAAGGAAUCGCUCAAAGAGACCAUUGCCCCCUCUUGCGAAUCGAUCAAAAAGGCCAUGCAAACAUAUGCCCGUCAAGGUGGCACCUCUUCGAUCAUGAUUUGCGACGAUGGUAUGCAAUUGAUCGAUGAGGAACAAGCCAGUGCUCGCAAACGAUACUAUAUGGACCACAACAUCGGUUGGAUUUCCCGCCCGGCUCAUUCGAGCGACCCCGAUGGCUUCAAGCGUGCUGGUCGAUUCAAAAAGGCGUCCAACAUGAACUAUGCACUCAACAUUUCGCUCAAGAUGGAACAGCACCUCGAACAUUACAUGCAAAACGAACAAGCGGCUUUGAAUGCUCGUACGGCGGCUCAUCUCACCCGGGCUACCGAGCGCGAGCAGGGUAUCAUGGGUGGCUGGGAAGAACAAGAGGAUAUGGAACCCCUCGAAGAUUUGGCGCUCCGUGCGGCUAUGGAUGAGGUGUUUGCCGAGAGCGGACACCGGUUCCAGCCCCAAGGUGCCGGUGGUCGUGCAGUUCGGAUGGGAGAAAUCAUUUUGAUUGUCGAUUCGGAUACGAUCGUGCCCGAGGAUUGUCUGCGUGAUGCCGCCCGUGAGAUGGCCGAGUCUCCAGAAGUUGGGGUCAUUCAACACGAGUCGGACGUUAUGCAAGUCUCGCACAACUAUUUCGAGAAUGGUAUUGCUCAUUUUACGAGGAGGAUCAACAAGGCGAUCUCGUUUGCUGCUGCGAAUGGAGAGGUGGCUGCGUUUGUCGGACAUAAUGCGUUUUUGAGGUGGAGUGCGUUGCAGGAUGUCGCGUUUGUCGACCCCGAAGAUGGAAUUACAAAGAUUUGGUCCGAGAGCAACGUGUCGGAGGAUUUCGAUAUGGCGCUGCGGUUGCAACUUGGAGGGUAUAUUGUUCGAUGGGCUACGUAUUCGGAAGGUGGAUUCAAAGAGGGUGUCUCGCUCACGGCCGACGAUGAACUCAACCGAUGGGAAAAGUAUUCGUAUGGUUGCUCGGAACUCAUUUUCAACCCGCUCAUCAAGUGGUUCACCCGCGGUCCCGUCACUGGUCAAUUGCACAAGUUUGUGUGGAGCAAUGCACCCUUCCAUUACAAGCUCAGUAUGCUCGCGUACAUGUUUUCGUACUAUGGUAUCGCGGCCUCGUUCACGCUCUCGGUCAUGAACUACUUUGUGAUUGGCUGGCGUGCGCCGAUCGAUGGCAUGUACUUGCAGUCGUGGGAGAUUUGGGUGGCGAUUGUUUUCAUCUUCCCCUUGUGUGGUAACCUCGCUCAUACCUUGCUCGAGUAUCGUUUGGGACAAAAGGGACUCAUUGCCGCCUUCUUUGAGAAUAUCAUGUGGAUUCCAUUCUUGUGA